CCGCCCGCCCGCUCCUCGCCCGCGCCCCGCUCGCUCCCUCCGAAGCCUUUCCAGAAGUUGGUGGUUGGAAGUUUCAUUUACACAUACGGUAGAUGACCCGGCUCGCUCGCUCGCUCCCUCAGACCCACCCAGCUUGGUUGCAAUGAAAUGCCUUUGCACUGACAUCAAGCCCGCCUAGCUUCCCACUUUUCGACCUCAGUUUUUGAAAUUAGGAAAGCUAAAGAUGUCCUUGGUAGAUUUGGGAAAGAAGCUUCUAGAAGCAGCACGUGCAGGGCAAGAUGAUGAAGUUCGUAUUUUGAUGGCGAAUGGAGCUCCUUUUACUACAGACUGGCUAGGAACUUCUCCACUUCAUCUGGCAGCACAAUAUGGACAUUAUUCCACCACAGAAGUGCUUCUCCGAGCUGGUGUAAGUAGGGAUGCCAGAACCAAAGUGGACCGAACGCCAUUACAUAUGGCAGCUUCUGAGGGCCAUGCAAGCAUAGUAGAGGUGUUGCUUAAGCAUGGUGCUGAUGUCAAUGCCAAGGACAUGUUAAAGAUGACAGCUCUACAUUGGGCCACAGAGCAUAAUCAUCAGGAGGUGGUGGAACUUUUAAUCAAAUAUGGUGCUGAUGUACACACGCAAAGUAAAUUUUGUAAAACUGCAUUUGAUAUUUCAGUAGACAAUGGGAAUGAAGAUUUAGCAGAGAUACUACAGAUUGCUAUGCAGAACCAAAUCAACACAAACCCAGAGAGUCCUGACACUGUGACGAUACAUGCUGCAACACCACAGUUUAUCAUUGGACCUGGAGGGGUGGUGAACCUAACAGGUCUGGUAUCUUCAGAAAAUUCAGCCAAGGCAACAGAUGAAACAGGAGUGUCUGCUGUUCAGUUUGGAAACUCUUCUACAUCAGUAUUAGCGACAUUAGCUGCCUUAGCCGAAGCAUCUGCUCCGUUAUCCAAUUCUUCAGAAACCCCAGUAGUGGCCACGGAGGAAGUAGUCACUGCAGAAUCUGUGGAUGGUGCAAUUCAGCAAGUAGUUAGUUCGGGGGGUCAGCAAGUCAUCACAAUAGUUACAGAUGGAAUUCAGCUUGGAAAUUUGCACUCCAUUCCAACAAGCGGAAUAGGCCAACCCAUCAUUGUGACCAUGCCAGAUGGACAGCAAGUAUUGACAGUUCCAGCAACGGACAUUGCUGAAGAAACUGUUAUAAGCGAAGAGCCACCAGCUAAGAGACAAUGUAUCGAAAUAAUUGAAAACCGGGUGGAAUCUGCAGAAAUAGAAGAAAGAGAAGCCCUUCAAAAACAGCUGGAUGAAGCAAAUCGAGAAGCACAAAAGUAUCGACAGCAGCUUCUAAAGAAAGAACAGGAAGCAGAGGCCUACAGACAGAAAUUAGAAGCAAUGACUCGACUUCAGACUAAUAAAGAAGCUGUUUAAUUGAAAUGAACAUGUAGUUUGAGUUACUGUUGGUCAAGAAAGAAUACAAUCUUGAACUGUACACAUUAUGUACAGUCGUGGGAAGACAGGAUAGUUGAAGAGUCUGCAGAUUGAUAAUUGGACUUAAGCCAUGAGCUCUGAAUUCUUGUAACAUAAAACUUCAAAAGUUGUGACAUGUAUUUAAAACUGAAUUCUGUAAAUAGUUUCUGGGUUUUUUUUUUUUACAGUUCCCAAUGAGAGUUGAUAAAGAUUGUUGAAGAGAUCCAAAAACAACAAGCCAAUGCUUUUGUGAAUUUUUUCUGAUUUUAGUACAAACCUUAAUUUCUCAGAAGCAGAACAGUUUUAAGGGUGAUCGUUGAUUAGACCAAAUGUCGUGUAAUAAUUAUGUGGUGGACUGAUGCUGGAAUUUCUCUUUUAGGUAUAACCUUCUAUUUAAAGAGAAGCUCUCUCCCAGGAAAUCUUUAUACAGCUCUAAGUUGUCUCAGGUUUUCUGGAAACAUUUUUAGAAAGUGAACUUUUAUAUUUGUUCAAUUUCAGCUAUACUGCAGUAGAUUUACAUGUAUAUGAAGCAAAUAUUUUUUAAACUUUCUGUCUGUACAUAUUCUGCAUGUUUUAUAUUUUCCAAAUGCAUCACUUGCAUAGGUAUUUUUCCCACAAAGAUGAUGACAGUUACAAGGGGAAAAAAAUCCCUUUUAUUCAUCAGAACUGGACAAGUUAGCAGCUGGUUUUAUUGGGAUGACAAUGUUCUUAAUAGGAGCAGCUUAUAAGAAAACUUGAAUUUGCGAACUGCAAAAUAUAUAUGCUCUUUAAAAAUUUCAUAGUGGGGAUAUGAACCUAUUUUGUGCCUUCCAUCAUGAUUUCCACAUGAAAGCACUUUAAGGCACUGGAUUUUAAGAUAAUGUCUUUUGGAAAACUCUAUGCAUAUGAGUUUCUGAAAUAUUCAUGGACUCAUUCCCCUCCCCCAAAUUAUUCUUAUGGAGAAACAUUGCUUUUGUAUGUAGAACAAGAAUCUUUUAUACAACAGUGAUGCCAUAUCGAUAUGUCGUAUAUAUUCUCUUUUUCCCUGUGAAAGUUUAUGUAUGUAUGUGCUGUGAUAUUUUGCUCUUUUAACAAUAUUGUUGAAUUCCACAAUGUAUUGACAUUAAGUUCUGUCAUACUGUCUUUUUUUUUUUUUUUGGUAAAGCAUAACUUCAAGUACCCUCUUAUUUUUUUUAAUGUUUUACUGCUUUAUGAAAAUGUUUAACCCUAAGAUCCCUCUAGAUUACCUAUACUGUAUAAAGAAGCAAUUACCCUUAAAACUGUACUCUGGCCUACUUUUCUAUUUUACAAUUAAAUAUCUUUUCCACAUAA